AUGAGCUCAAAUGAAGAACCGGGAGAGUUUGUCUUCUACCAUUAUGACCCUUCACUUCCGGCUGCAGUCAUUUUUAUCAGUCUUUUCGGCCUAUCCUCUCUCCUCCACCUCUAUCAGAUCAUUCAAUUCAGGGCCUGGUACUUCGUCCCCUUCCUGGUUGGCUGUGCCUUUGAAAUCGUGGGAUACAUAGGUAGAGCUUUAUCGGCCACUGAGACUCCGAACUGGACAACUACAUCCUUUACAAUCCAGAGUCUGACCCUUCUUCUUGGGCCCGCACUCCUGGCUGCCUCUAUUUAUAUGGUCCUGGGUCGCGUGGUUAUACUUCUCAGAGCCGAAAAUCUCUCUCCCAUCAGAGUGAAAUGGCUGACCAAGAUAUUCGUUUUGGGUGAUGUGCUGUCUUUCUUGGCACAAGGCGCCGGUGGUGCAAUUCUUUCCAGGGCCAAGUCAAUGAGUGAACUUAAGCUCGGCGAGAAUAUCAUCAUUACCGGUCUCUGCAUUCAAAUCGCGUUUUUUGGGCUUUUUAUCCUUGUCAUUUGCGUAUUUCACUGGCGUAUCAAUAAGUCUCCCACUAAUGCCUGUUAUGCAACCACCGUUCCCUGGAAACGAUUGCUUUGGGUUCUCUAUGGUGCCAGCGCCUUAAUCAUGAUUCGCUCUGUCUUUAGAGUCGCCGAGUAUGUCAUGGGAAGUGAUGGCCCGCUUCUUGCCAACGAAGCCUAUCUUUAUGUCUUCGACGCGGCCCUGAUCUUUACAGCAACAGCUUCGUUCAAUGUAUUCCACCCAGGGAAAAUCUUACAGACAAGGGACAAACUGAUACCAGUUUCAAAUGACGAUAACUCUGUGGAUCUACACUCUCUUACCGUUUCAAGGGGCUAG